UCUCUAUAGUGUGACCACUGCUCAGUUCCCUUUUCUUUACAGCGUGCCGCGUGUAAAGUUUUCAACAAUAAAAUUUUUUAAAAAUGUCAGAAGAAGGAGAUGGAAAUAGGUCGGGAGCAUCCCUUACUUUCCCUAUGCAAUGUUCGGCACUGCGUAAAAAUGGAUAUGUGAUGCUUAAAGGACGCCCUUGCAAGAUAGUGGAUAUGUCUACCUCCAAGACAGGCAAGCAUGGCCACGCCAAAGUCCAUCUUGUUGGUAUCGAUAUAUUUACACAGAAAAAGUACGAGGAUAUUUGUCCCUCCACCCACAACAUGGAUGUGCCGAAUGUAAAACGCGAGGACUUCCAGCUCAAUUACAUUAGCGAUGAUGGCUACUUAACUCUAAUGAACGAAUCUGGCAACUUGCGUGAGGAUCUGAAAGUUCCCGACGGUCCAUUGGGUGUUUCUUUGCGCAACGAUCUCGACAGCGGCAAAGAUCUUUUAUGCACUGUGCUAAGUGCCUGCAGCGAAGAAUGCGUUAUCGCCAUCAAAAAUAAUACUGCUUUGGAUAAAUAAAGGGUCAUCCAUCGAUCUGAUACUGGAAAAGUGUAAUGAUAUAAUGAAGAAAUAUCAAUUAAAUGAUUCCAAAAUACAAGCUAUUCGUUUAUAUAUGUA